CAAUCUCCUGUUUGUUUGGAAAACAGCCACACUUGCCAAAACCAACUUUUUACCCUUUUUUGCCCCCCCGGUGAACCCGUAACCUUACCUAAAAUCUUCCCUCCCCCCCCGCCAACAACCACCAACCCAAAUCUCGACAUCCUCCUCAGCCCAGCUAUACUCCAUACUCCAUAGAUACAUAUAUACCUACGUCAUUAAUCAUGCCCGACAAGGACGCCGGUACCCCGCGAGUCUUCCUCUACCGCCAUGGAGAAACCGAAUGGUCCAAAAGCGGCCGCUACACCGGCACCAGCGAGAUCGAACUCACCCAAGACGGAGUGAACCAGGUCCUCGCGUCGGGGAAGAUCCUCGUCGGCGCGGGCAAAUUGAUCGACCCCGCCAAGGUGGCCCGCGUGUUCGUCAGCCCGCGCAGCAGAGCCGUGCAUACCUUCCAGCUGGCGUUCACCGAGGCCGAUAGACAGGCCUUGACGGAUGCGGGCAAGGUUGACCGCACCGAGAGACUCGCCGAGUGGGGGUAUGGUCUGUACGAGGGCCUGCUGACCAAGGAGAUCCGCGCGCUGAGGAAGGAGCAUGGCCUCGAUGGCGAGCGGGCGUGGGAUAUUUGGGCCGAUGGGUGUGAGGGGGAGGGGGGGGAAUCCCCCCAACAAGUCACCGACCGGAUCGACAGCCUCAUCGAGGAAAUCCGCGCCCUGCACCAGGGCAACAUGCACGGCGAGAACCCUUCUGAUGUGGUUCUCAUCGCGCACGGCCAUACCCUGCGCGCGUUUACCAAGCGCUGGCUGGGCUAUCCGAUGGAGUUUCCCCUGUCCAUGAUGCUGGAGCCCGGUGCGGUGGGUGUUCUUAGUUAUCAGCAUCAUAGCAUUGAGGAGCCGGCUUUCUUGGUCGGGUAUGGGUUUCCGUUGGAGAAGUGAGAUGGAGAUGGGGGAUGGAAGGAGGGGGUAGGUGUGUAGACAUAGAUGGAAAUAUUUGGAUGGGUGGUGUGUGUCUUUAGAUUGUUAGGGUUUGUGGUUGAAUAGAUGCAUUGUUGUUAUACUUAUCUGGAUUCAGGAGGAGAAAGCAAGCAUCGACGUGGCUGCCUGUGCUGUCAGGCCGGACUGACGCAGAUACGGGUAUCUAUCCAUCCAUCGGUCGAUCGGCUGUCACUCUAUGAUGCAGGAUCUCUGGCCGUUGGCGAUGGCACACCCCUGGAAGGUAUAUACUGGGGCGGUGACGCCGACGCAGUUGAGUCUGUGGAGGGAGCAGAAUGCGAUGCAGGCGGCGCUGAUGCGCCCGUUCGUCGAGAUGGGGAAGAGGAUGGAGACGUUGUUGAUGCCGCAUAGGUGGCAGGUCCAGACAUACACUAUCAUUUGUCUGGUUCAGUCUUUAUUCUUUUAUAGUGUGAAGCGUUUUUGAAUGCCUG